AUGUCGAACCACGGCUGUAAUCUACACUUCGAAUUGGAGGUCUUUCUGCCGGCAGAAGGCAGCCUCAUCUCGAAGAGUCCUCAUAUCACGGGCAAGUUGGUCUUGAGUCUAGCGCAGCCUAUGCGGAUAGGAUCGAUCGACGUUCAACUGCGGGGAAUCAUGAAGCGACGAUGGGGCAGCUUCGAGAGGUCCCAGGCGUUGACCCAGAGCUGCACCGAGUCGGUUAUCUUCCAGCGCAGUUGGCAGCUGAUGCGGACAACCGUCUUCCGAUCCCGCAUCUAUGCCCCGGGCAGACAUGAGAUACCUUUGAGCCUUGCGCUCAGAUCAGGAGAGCAUAUGCGAGAGUCCGUGGACGGCGUGGAAGGCUAUUCAAUCUCGUAUCUGCUGAUUGGACGCGUGACGAGGAAAUUUGCGAGCGAUCUGACAUGCCACAAGAACAUCAAGGUGUAUCGCACCCAUGCGCCGAGUGAGUGGUACUCUUUUGCUACUGCACAUACUUUGGACAACGAGUGGCCGGGCAAAAUUCGAUAUUCCAUUAGCAUUCCUGCCACUCAGAUGCCCUUUGGAUCGGAUCUAUGCCCUCGGAUACAAAUCUCCCCAUUGACCGAGGGUCUUCAGGUUGAAAGCAUUACAAUCGAAGUCGUUGAGACUCACCACUUUGCGCCAAAACCAUCUUUCGACGGCGGAUUUCUGAAACGCAUUGAUCGCUCGCGCGUAGUAUGUGGAAAGGAGUUCUCGUCUACGAAAGACCGGGAUAUUUCAACCCAGGAGAUCGAGGGCGGAUAUGAAGUUGCACCGCUCGUCGCUUUGCCGACAUCGAUUUACGACUGCGCCCAGGCGGUGCAAUCCUCCCACUUCGAUAUCACCCACAACGUGGUCGUCAUCAUCCGAAUCAUCAACAUGGACAGACACGUGUCAUCGGUCCGUGCCUUGAUACCCGUUGUAAUCUUCAUGCAUAAUGUGGAUACCAUCCAGCUCAAGGCAUCAUCCCUCUAUUCCAGACACAUCAUUCCUCCGGUGUAUGGCAAGCACCAAGAGGACCCAUUGAUCGCUGAAAGAGAAAGCAUGGAAGACCAGUCACGGACUCUGGAUGGGUCGACAUUGAAGAGCUGA